UGCAAAGUCCAGGAGUCACACGGAGCAAGGCGAGUGUCCUGCUAUGCUGCUGGAGAGGGGCUGGAGCUUACAUAGAAUGAAGAGCCAAGUAAGCAACACUUGAAGAGUGGAAAUAAACUCUAAUCUAAUAUGUACCAGGAGGAUUUCAGGAACAUGACUGAAGGGAUCAGGAACAGCAGUGACUCCUCUUCUGCCUUUGUUCACAGCAGCACCAUGAGUGCCAUACUGGUCACUGUCUACUCGGUUGCCUUUGCUGGAGGUGGAAUUGGGUCCAUCACGAUGUCCUUUGUGCUGCUCAAGAUGAACACUCUGUCUGUGACCACCACUGCCAUCAUUAACCUGGUCGUUGUGCACAGCCUCCUCCUCCUCACGGUGCCCUUCCGCCUCCACUACUAUGUCAAAAAGAAGUGGGUAUUUGAUAUGCCAUUUUGCAAAAUGGUGAGUGCCAUGGUGCACAUCCACAUGUACCUGACCUUCAUGUUUUAUGUCAUCACGCUGGUGAUCCGGUGGCUCAUCUUCUUCCAGUGGAAGGACAAGGUGGAGUUUUACAGGAAGCUGCAUGCCAUUGCGGCAAGCGCUGCCGUGUGGGUCUUCGUCAUGGUCUUUGGGGUGCCGCUCUUCUACUUUGAGUAUGGACGCUUGGGCUUAUACAAUAGUACAACGUGUUUCAAGUUCCACAAAGAACUACAGCACCAGAGUGUGAAAGCCCUGAACUACACCAUAAUUGUAGCUGUUACCCUCAUUUCUUGUGUCCUCUUGGGCUUGCAGAUUUUAAUCCUGGUAAAAGUGGCGAGAAAAUUUUCCACCUCCCUCUGUUCACACCAAGAAUUCUGGGCCCAGGUGAAAAACUUGAUUUUCAUCUGGGUCAUCAUAAUUUGGUUCCUUCCUUAUCACCUGUUCCGGGCCUACUACAUACAGCAUGUGAGUGAUUUUGACCAGUUAGAAAGCUACAAUGAGGUUUUUUUGAGCCUGACUGCCCUGAGCUGUCUAGACCUGCUGUCAUUCAUGCUGAGUGGAAGCCGCUUCUUCAAGCAAAAUGUGGGGAUGCUCCACAGGAGGCUGCCUUGCUGCUAGCAUCAGCCUCCUGCAGCGUGUGCAGGACCUGGGAUAGGACAGUGAUGGACAGGCAUGGCAGACUCCCUCCCCAGCAAGUGUGGGUGUGCUCUGGAAACUGCACAACACACUUGCACAGGGCUUUGCACAUCAACUUCCUGAAGUAAUGGAACAAACUGCCUCCAGGCUCUCAGCUGGUAAACAGGAAGGUGACCUCAGCAAUUUCUUCGUGGUGCUACCCAGUGAGCUGUGGAUGGACCUGAAGAAGAGGGAAGAAAGGUCAUGGGCUCUUCUGUCUUACUGUUUUUACAUCAAGAUUUGUGAAGCUAAAGGCACUAGGAGGAGACCUGAGAAUUGCAGUGUAGAAACACAAAUAAAGAAGCUGGUUUUUAUGGACUAAGGUGCAGAUUUUUGAAACUUAAAGGUCUAUAUCAUUUUCCCAUACAUUUCUUAUUUAUUUCCCACAGGCUUUCAUAAAAUAUCAGGGAAGAUAUUGUUCUUCCUGAGUCAGUCUGUUUCUUUACUGUCAAGAGAAGCAUAACUUUCUAAGUGAAUUGAACAAUUAAACCAGCUAUUUAAAACUAAACCAGUGAUAGUUAUUUCUUAAAAUAUUUUCUCAAAAUCACUUUUGAGAUGGUAUCACUGCAGCAGAUUUUUUUUUCUUUUUCACAUUACAAAAAUAUAUCUAAAAGAAAUUAUACACUGUUACUGAAAUGGACAUUGCAAAUUCAAUUAUUCACAAAAUUGUUCAAUUUUGUAUUAUUCACAAAAUUGUUAAAUUAAAAAAAUUUUAUAGUCAGGACAAUCUUUUCUUAGAUCAUUCAGACAGCAUUUGUCUUCUCUUCAAAAGAUAAAUAUUUUAGGAACCCAAGGUAGCAAUGCUUUUUUUUAAAAAUCCUAUGUUGAUUUUGUGCAUUAUGAAGUUUAUCAGCAGUUACUCACAGUAUCUUUAGCUAGAAAGUAAUUUUAUAAAUUUUAUACCCUGUACUGGUAGAAGGAAUGAAAAUGUUACUGCUUGGAAUGGAGGGAUGGAAAAAGCUAAUAGACCUAGUGUAGCUAAAAAGUAUAUUAUAUGUCAGUGAGGCAUAGUCAGUUGCUGUCUCUGAAGACAGAAAUAAAUUCCACUAAAAAAGAUGAAAAAUUUGGUAAAAUAUUUAUUUGAAAGAUAUUGAGGCUUUCAUAGUUCAGCUGCUUUACAUCUAUCCACAAAAAAUAAUAUAAAUCUCCAACUCCUCUAAUCCAAGACAUCAAUGGCUAAUGUAUCUUUCUUUUGCCAUCUGCAUAAAUCCACAUUUUUUCAUCUAGAGUUAGUGGGAUAAUAAUUUAAUCAUUUAACUAAUUAGAGGUUAUCAGCUGAUCAAUUUCCAUGAGUGUCUCCUCAUGAUGCUGUUGAAAUCCACCUUUUCACCCUUGUGAACCUUUCCAUUCCUUUCUGCUUCACUUUCGACAUAUCUUGCACAUCAGACAGCAAUAAAAUAACUAUUGGUUGAUCUUGUUGUACCUGUGCUAUC